AUGGCCAGCGACAAGUUCAGCCCAAACAAGACCUACAACUGUGGAACAAACAUUACAAACAACGAGGAGCUGAGGCUUGUGAUGGUGGGAAAGACUGGGACUGGGAAGAGUGCUACUGGAAACACCAUUCUGGGUCGAUGGUGCUUUGAAUCCAAAUGCAGCGCCAAAUCCAUGACUGUUGACUGCUCUAAAGGCUCCAGUAAUAUUGAUGGACAGCAGGUUGCUGUCAUUGAUACUCCAGGUUUGUUCAACACCAGGUUUGGAGAAGAUAAAACCAGAAAAGAUCUGAGUCAGUGCAUCUGUUACGCUUCUCCUGGACCCCACAUCUUCCUGGUGGUCGUUGCAAUCGGCAGAUUCACAGAAGAAGAAAAACAAUCAGUGCAAAAGAUUCAAGAAAUCUUUGGAGAGGCAGCAGACAGAUACAGCAUGGUUCUGUUUACCCGUGGAGACGAUCUUGAUGAUACCACCAUUGAGGAUUAUUUGUCUGAAAGCCCAGAUCUGCAGGAUCUGGUGUCCAAAUGUAAUAACCAGUAUCAUGUCUUCAACAACAAGCUGAAAGAUAAGAAACUUCAGGUCACUGAUCUGCUGAAGAAGAUCAGAACCAUUGUUGACAGGAAUGGAGGAAGUCACUACAACAAUGAGAUGUUCCAAGAGGUAGAGAGGGAAAUCAAAGAGGAGAAACAACGAAUCCUGAAGGAGAAAGAAGAAGAAAUACGUAAAGGGAAAGAAGAAGUGGAGAGAAAAAUAAAAGAAAAGUAUGAUGAAGAGAUUCAGAGAAUGUUUGAACAAUUCCAGGCUGAGAAAAAGAGGGAGAAGAGAAAUGAGAGAAAAGAGAUGCAGAAGAGAAAAGAGGAGAGGGAAAGGAUUGAGGUGGAGAGACAGAGAGAGUUUGCAGCCCUGAAGGAAAAGCAGAAGAGAGAAAUUCAAGAGGCAAAAUCCAGGCUGCAGCUCCAGCAUGAAUCUAAGGCCAGAGAAGAAGCUGAGCGAAAUAAUCCUGUCCUUCUUUUGAUUAAAGCUGGAAAGCACUUUGGGCUGCACCAGAUCUACUACAUCAAGAUUGAGUUUAGAAUGCUGGUUUAUGCAAUGCAGGCCCCAGAGCUCUACCGUCGCCUCCUGCGGCCCAGCCCCCGAGCCGACGUCGCCCGCCGGACCUCCCCUGUGGGUUCUGCUUUCUGUGCCGCGGACGCCCGCCGGACCUCCCACGAUGGUCGGCCUCCUGUGCCUCCGCCCACUCUGCUGGCUGCUGCGUCACACUGA